AUGAGCGACAGUGGUCCAGAUACAUCCAUCAAGAGUGAGGACCAGAAUGUUGCAAACGGUAGUGUACAACCACUCCCUAUGGACACUAACUCAUCCUUCGAUGAAUCAAACUCCCAAAAGCCAAAUACCACAGCUGGCCGUCCAAAGAGAACAUCAUUGGCGUGCAUACGGUGCAGGACCCGCCAUAUUAGAUGUCCUGGUGGGGAUCCAUGCAAAAAGUGUCAACUUGCAAAGAUAAAGUGUGAAUAUGUGGAAGCCGAUAAGAAAAUUGUGGUGUCAAUGAAAUAUCUUUCAAGAUUGCACGAUGAUAUUGCUAGGUUAAAAAAGGAUAAUGCUCUGCUUAGGAACAGCUUAAAGGAACUGGAGCUAAAGCAAACAGAAAUACUAAGUGACACUUCUAAAUCACAACAAAUUACACUGGUGCAAAAUCAAAUUAAUGCCACAGCGGGGGUAAACCAUCAACCAGGUGCAAAUCAUAACCAAGGAAUGGAAGUGAUCGGUCCUUCAUUGGACAAGCAUGGGAGACUAAUACAAUCGCGGACUGGAGAGAAAGUUUAUGUUGGCUCGUCUUCAAUGACAUUAUUUGGUUUGGAAAUCCAAAACAUGGCACCAUCAUUUGAUUCAUCAUUACUACCCAAUUCCAACAAAUCCACUCCAAUGAACUCUCCAGAUACACGAGCUUCAGUUUCAUCUGCAAAGAGCGACUCUCGUCAAACAAGUAAACGCGAGAGCAAAGUGAUGGAAAAGGAAGGUGGCGCAUAUAAGAUUACACUUUCAAAAACGAACACCAGACCCGGACUUUCCAUAAAUUUUUCAUUACCCUCGUAUUCUUAUGCAAUGCUCUUAGUGGAUACAUUCAUCAACUACAACGAUGGAUGCUUCUAUUUCUUUAACGAAGGGUUGAUUAAACAGUUUUUGAUGAAUUUAUAUGCGGGAAGGAUAGAGGAGAAUAAGAAAAUCUUGCGACGCAAUUACUCCCAGGAUGCUACGGUAAACUCCGAUGAGAACACUAUAAAGAAAGAUGCUGAUGAUGAAACCAUUUUGGAGACAAUCUGGUUUUGUAAAGUAUUACUUAUAUUCUCCAUUGGUGAAAUGUAUUUGGGAACUGAAUCGGAUACUCAUGCUAAACGACAGAAACUUGAAAAUAUGACAAGGAAGAAGGAACAUAAAGAAAAACAUACUUUGCCCGGUGCGGAGUUUUUCUAUCAAGCAUCCGAUCUCUUCACCGGAUUAUUUGCAUCCGGUGCUAUCGAUAAUAUAACUAAAGAUGGUGGCAUUGAAGUCAUGCUACUAUACGCAUUCUACUUACAAGUUGCUGAUUGUACAAUUGCUUCGUACUUCUAUUUUGGUUUAGCAUUGAGAGCAGCGUUAAUUUUGGGUUGGCAUGUGGAUGCAGAAAAAGAAUCUCUCAACCGAUUCGAACUCGAACAUAGACGCAGAAUUUGGUGGACAGUUUACAUGUAUGAAAGAAUGCUUUCUUCAAAAGCAGGUCUUCCUUUGAGCUUUGCCGAUGAUUCAGUUUCUACAGAACUACCUGUUGAUUUUAAAAUUGAUUUAUCGGAUUUUCCUCGAGAUAAACAGGAUGUACGCGGCUACUACAUAUUUCCACCAGCUGACUAUAUCAAUAAUUGUGUCACAAUUACUCAAAUCAAUGCCGUCAUUUUGUCAUCAUUGUAUACUAAAACCCCGACUUAUAAUAUCUUACCAAUUGUGUCUGAUUUGGUGCAGAGGUUGAUUAAUUGGAAAAACUCGUUGCCAAACCAUCUUAACGUUGACUAUACACCAGAGGAACCAAAAGUGUCGCGAUUGAUAGUAAAUUUGAUGACAGAAUAUUUCCAAGGUAUCAAUUUAGCAGUCCGACCAUUGUUGUUUCAUUUUUCUACAAAGAAAUUAAAGGAAUUGCAAGUGCAAUCAACUCAAAACAAGUAUAUCGAUUUGACCAAAUAUUCCAAAAACGUAUUGAGCUUGCUUAACUCAUCGUUUCAAGCUUCAAUCAAUACAAUCAAGAGCAUCUGGUCGUUAGUGCUGGACAAUAUGGUUGCAUUAUUUGGGUGGAUGGACCGUGAAUAUUUAUUCACCUCAGCAUCAACCUUAAUUCUUUUCAAUGCGUCAUUUGGAGUCCAUGAUGCAACUAAAACCCAUUUAGAUCAUGCUUUGACAUUGUUUACGAAAAUGAAGCGAUUGGGCAACUACCCAGCAGCAUUAAGAAGAGCUCAACUACUUAAAUUGAUUCGCGUUCUUGAUUUCAACGGUGCAAUGACUGAGAUUCUUCGUAAACAUGACGAAGACUUCAGAUUCUAUGAGGAUGAUUUGAAAGAAACGAUGGAAGAAAGUGCUCAAGAAACGAUGAACAAUACUCCUCAACAGUUACAACAAAACCCCGACUUGGAUUUCCCAAACUUCAAUACGGGUCUUCAACAUAGUCAAGGAGAUUUCAACUCUAAUCAAGACUUGACAGGGAUUGAAGGAUUUGCAUAUUUAGAUGAAGAACAAAAGUUAUGGAAUGAAAUUACAACUGAAGCUGGAUGGCUUAAUUUCCACCCCCCGGAAAAUUCAAUUCUUGAUGCUUCUGGUGAUGUCAAUCAUCUACAUACUAUUGCUGAAACUGACAAGAGCGGCCCCAGUCCAUUUAGUUUUGACGUCGAGGGACCAGAACUACGUGGUGAAAAUGAUGGUAACAGUGGUGUCCAUUCAGAACCCAACUUUCCCAACAUGAUUCAUGACCAAUUCAAUUACAUGCAAUAA